UGUGCUAAAAAUAGGUGCCAGUUUCAAAGUUGGUGAGAUCUUCUUUGUCGUCCCCGACGGGCUCGGAAGAUUCACUCUCUGCCUCCUGCUCCCGGAGCCACUUGCAGUCUCCCCCACCCUUCCAAAACUGAUAGCAAAACUCAUCCCUCUGCAACCAGAUGUCUUCGGCAGGUCUGAAACCAGUAAAGAUAAGUGCCUACACUGCAGUCAAAGUGGACCCUGAUGGGGACUACUGUACCCCUGGUGCAUUUGACCUGGAGCGGCUCUUCUGGAAAGGCAGCCCUAAGUACACACACGUCAACGAAGUCUGGCCCGGUCUCUACAUAGGAGAUGAAAAAACAGCCCUUGAUCGUUACAGUCUUGAGAAAGCUGGCUUUACCCACAUCCUCAAUGCUGCCCACGGCCGGUGGAACGUGGACACCGGAUCAGACUACUACAGGGACAUGGCCAUCGAAUAUCAUGGCGUGGAGGCAAAUGAUCUCCCGACCUUCAGUCUCAGCCCGUUCUUUUACCCUGCUGCUGAGUUCAUCCACAAUGCUCUCCAGAAUGAAACAAAUAAGGUUCUAGUCCACUGUGCCAUGGGCCGCAGCCGCUCGGCGUCCUUGGUCUUGGCUUACUUGAUGAUUUACAAGAACAUGACUGUAGUCGAUGCCAUAGAUCAAGUGCUCAAGCAUCGAUGCAUCCUUCCCAACCGCGGCUUCCUGAAACAGCUCCGAGAACUGGAUAUACAGCUGGCCCUGGAGAGGAGGAAUGCCACAAAUGGGGUCGCCUCUAGCAGAGAACAGGCGGCUGGCAUCGAGACAGAGAUCUAACACUUCCUGUCGCCCAGAGAAGAAGUACCAUUUAAAAGAAAAGGAUCAGUGAGCUUGAGACGAUUCAGUCAAGAGAGUCAUUUGUAAAGAGGGUUUUUUGUGGGGGGGGCGGGGCGUGGGGGGGAAGAGUGGGGAAUCAAUAGCACUUCAAAUGCCUUAAGGGUAUUUUCAGCUGGGAAAUACACAAGCGAAGAAAAGAAGGAAAUCCUGCAAAGAAGCCUUGAGGGGGGGACUUGAAAAUGAUGCUCUUCAGACUCUUGCUGGGGAAAGGAGGGGGUGGGUGACGGGGAUUAUAGGAGCUCCUGUAGCCCAAGGCGGAGCGCACAACAUAUGGGAGGGGCUUAGCUGGGGUCCAGGUUGACCCACUGCUGGAAACUGAUUGACUGCUGCCCUUUUGGAGGUGAUGCAGUUGCUCCCAUUGACAGCAGAAAGGUCUCAAGGCGUAAGGAUGUUCGCUUGACAAGGAAGCAGGAUUUCUCUCUCCUGGGCAAGGGGGUGGUAGCCACGAGGGCCACUCACAUUCCCCACGCCCUGAUUUAUUAAAGGCUUUCAACCCUGUUACGGGAUCAUACAAAGAACGAGGCAGCGGGCUCUCUGGGAGAACGGCUCACAAUCUAAGGGCCGCAACGAAGCAGCAGUGGGAAGGGGAGGGGAAGCAGCACUUUCCCAACUCAGUUUCCUGUAACCAGCGACUCUUCCACUUGGCCCUCCGUAAACCUCACCCUGUGAAGGAAGAGUCCGGGGGCAAGUCGAUCACAACCGCGCUGGUGGAGGGGACCUCCCUGGCUCUCCCUCCCUCUGGCGUGCGUGGCUUCAAACAGAAUAGCAACUUUCAACAAAAGCCACAGCCAGUACACUUUCAUUGCAACCGCAAAAGCAGACUUGCACACAGUCCCAACGUCACUUUUCAUGCUCUGUCUGACCCGCAGAGCAUACCUGAACUCAGUGUGCUGGGGGCCAUUAUUUCAGAUACCUCUUGAAGGCACAAGGAGAGCAUCUGGUGCUUUCCCUUGGUAUAUUCUUCGAAAUUCUCUAGUUUUGCUCAAAGUUGUUUGUUUAUUACCUGUCGACUUUCUUUAUAUCUUACUGAGGCUGGUGACAGAUUACAAAAUAUAAAAACAAUACAAUCUGGCCGCAGAAGGCAUCCAAUCACAAUGCAAUAGGACAAGGAUCACGACGUUAGAAAUCAGUGCCAAGGCAAACAACGACAAGACGUGACAGACAAGAAGCAGUGCAGGAAACGGGAUGGCAAAAGCUGAGGUCCCGUUCUCUGCCUCCACCACCCGGCUGGCCUUUGCUGCUUCCGUAACAACGGCCACUGCCUCUCACCAGCAAUUCUGCCGCUCCUCAGUGCGAGGAAGCAGAGGGCCACAGCAGAUCCCACAACUUCUCCAGAAGCAGUAAAGCUGCUUGGCAGGGCGGGCAAAGAGAGGGGGGAGCCCCAGGGAAUCAUAGCGUCGGCUGGAGCUUAUAUGCCAGGUAGUCCAACCUCCUGGUCAGUGCAAGGCAUCCAAAGCAACAGCAUCCCCCAAAAUUGUUGCCCAGCCUCUAUCUGGAGACCUUUGGCAAGGAAGAGCUCAUUGGCCCUAUAGGCAAUCUAUAGAUCUAAUUCUCAAUCUACAGAUCUAAUUCUGGGGAUACUUAAACCUGUGGGUUGGAGCCAUGGAAACAAAAGGGGGUUUUCGCCCCCCCCCAGCAAGCUUCCCCUAGGUCUGCACAAAAAUCAGAAGAGGUGUUUUGUUUUGUUUUUAAGGAGGGGAAUUUAGGAACAAAGGAACACAUCUGCACAAACACCAUCACCUGACCAGCAACAGGGCGGUAAGGAUGUGCUGGGUGGCUCACUGUGCUGUAACGCAGCCCGUCCCCGCCUGUCCUCUGCAGGCUGGCUGACAGGUGCAGAGGAGGAGAGGGCGUCACAAAGGAGAUGGCAGCAUUGUGGGCGGGUGCGGAACAGCAGGACUUGUGGCAGCCCUUCCACUCCAGGUGGAUGGCGGGGGGGAGGGGGAGCAAUGCCCCCCCACCCCCAAGCAGCAGAAAGAGCAGACGAGUGGGCUGGUCUCACGGGAGGUGUGCAGGUGGCCGGGUGAAGGGGAGCUCCUGCUGCCCCCGCCUGCAGAGACCACUGCUGAGGCAGCCAUGCUUGAGGUGGGCCGACGGGUGAGGAGGGGAAGCCCCCACUGCUGGGCCCAGGAAGGGGAGCGACAGGCGAGUGGGGAGGGUGGCCAAACAAAACACCUGCGAUACUCUUAGUGGGUGAAGGGGAGUGGUAGAGGGGUCUUCUCCUAUAACGUACAGUCAUUAAAUCCCACCUUGCCCUCUGGGACUUUUUUUUUU